CCGCGCGAAUUUGAACCUUGGAGGGCGAUGACAUGGCGGAUUCUACCCGCUUGGCCCAGCAACUGCAGGAGGCACUGCACGAGCAGGAACCGCGGGCUGUGGAGGAGCUGCUAAGGCUCGGGGCAGACCCCAGCCUGGUGCUGGAGGAUGGCGCGGCGGCCGUGCACCUGGCAGCCCGAGCACACCACCCGCGCGCCCUGCAUUGCCUCUGGAUCCUGCUGCGCCGGGGCGCGGACCCCAAUGCUCGGUCCGCUGAGGCGCUGACGCCGGUGCAUGUGGCUGCAGCGUGGGGCUGUCGUGGUGCCCUGGAGCUGCUGCUGAGCCAAGGGGGCGACCCCACGCUGAGAGACCAGGACGGGCUCAGGCCCCUGGACUGGGCGCUUCAGCAGGGACACCACAACUGUGCACGAAUGCUACAGGAGCUGGACAAGUCCAUUAGAACCCGGGAACCCGCUGAGAAGUUUCCUGUAGCCCCGGGUGGCCUCAAAUAUGCCCUGUGCCGAGGACGUAUCUUUUCGGGGUCUCCUGGUGUGUCUACACCUAUGCACAUGCCACUGGCCUCGGAACAGCACGUGUGCAGAGCUGAGCUGGCGGCUGCGCAGCAGGUAGUGGCAGAGCUCCAGAGCUCAGAGGCCACCAGGAGCCCGGACUGCAGCAGCAGUGACACCUCUUUUGUCACCGCCUUGGAGGACUCACCACAGCCCCAUCACCCUGUGGGGACAUCAGGGUCUGCAGCUGACCCGUGGUUAUCCAGUGGGGCCAAGGAGGCUGGGGACAGAGCACUGAGCUGCCAGAUGCAGGCCCUGACGUUGACCACAGAGGCCACCAAUGUCCCCUCCCUGCCGGGUGACAGGGACCCAGGGACCUUGCAGCCACAUGGCCCAGUGGCCCCCAUGUCUGACCUACAGCUGCUCCAGGCCCUCCGGGCACUGGGCCAUAGUCCUGGCCCGGUCACGCCUUUCACCCGUGGACACUACCUGCGGCGGCUACAGGAAGCCCAGGCUAGCCCAGGGCACAGCCCAGAACUGGCAGAGGCUCUGAGGACUGGCCAUGUCCCCGACUGCCAGGCAGAUGAGGCUGCCCUGGCUCAGCACUUUCAGCGGCUAGAUCCCGCUAAGAGUUGGCGGGAAGGUGUUACAAAGUCCAACUUUACAUAUCUUCUUCUUGACCCCAGGCAGACGCAGGGCCUGCCUACCCGAGCCUCUUCCCUCACACUGAUCGAGUGUCUGCAAUGUUUUGUGAGAGCCAUCUUCUAUGUGGGCAAGGGGACCCGUGCCCGGCCAGAUGCCCACCUCUGGGAAGCCCUUGGCUACCGUGAGCGGCCAGGCAAAAAGGCUUGUCCCAAAGUAUGCCGGAUCCUAGACAUCUGGGACAGUGGCCGCGGUGUCAUCUCCCUACACUGCUUCCAGCAUACGGUGGCCGUGGAGGCAUACACGAGGGAGGCCUGUCUAUUGGAAGCCCUAGGGAUCCAGACACUGACCAACCAGAAACAAGGGCACUACUAUGGAGAGGUUGCCUAUUGGCCACCCACACAGCGUCGCCGUUUGGGAGUGUACCUGCUGCAUCGGGCUCUGCUAGUCUUCCUGGCUGAGGGGGAGCGAGAGCUGAGGCCUCAGGACAUCCAGACCCGAGGCUGAGUGCAGAGGAUGUGACUGAGCCAUUGGGUGUCUGAACACUCCAGGGACAGGUCCCUUACUGUGUCCCCAGCUCCAGCUUCAAAGGCAUGGUGGGUGUGUGUGUGUGUGUGUGUGUAAAUAUGUGAGUGAUGGCAUGUUCCAAUGCUUCUGGAUGGGUAGUGAGCUUUCCAUUGUGUGAGGUAAACCAGCCAAGGGUGCAGAAGUUACUCUAGAACAUUCUUUGUCUCCAUAGCUUAUCUUUUGAUACAAGGAGAGCUUGUAGAAGAGACCAGGCCAGGUGUGUUGAUAGUGGUCCACCACCACUACCUUUGGGAGUAUGGGGCAGGAUUACUAAGCUAAGCUGGAGGCCAACCUGGAUGUCUCAGUGAGACUGGAAAUUGACAUACAUUUGUAUUUGCUUAGAGGCCUCUGUGUGUUUGGUGGUGACAAUCCUUCCCUUGUAGGUGUUCACAGACUGGGCACCCGAGGUCCCAACUAUGCUCUUGGGAACACAUCUAAGAUCAAGAAGGCUGAAGGGCUUGGACUGACUGACACGUGUGUGUGUGUGUGUGUGUGUGUGUGUGUGUGUGUGUGUCCCCAGGUCUGCCCUAACCCUUUGCAACACUGUGCUGUGUCUAGCCCCUUGGUCUCCAAGCAUCCCGCUAGCGUGGAGAUGUGGCCUGCCCACCCAGUUCUCGCCCUUCUCCAUUACCAAGUAGCUGCUUUCCUCCAUGAGCUCCAGGAAAGCCUGCAGCAGGAUCUGUGGGCACAUCAGAAAGUCCCCCUGCUGUCCUCCCUUCAGCCACACCCAGGAGGAUCCCCAGAAUGGCCUGUCACCCUGUUGGAAUCUCACCAGAAGGCUGACACCUGUCUUGGGGUACAUCACCUGAGAGCCCCACUGAGGAAGAACAUUGCAUCUCCUGAGCAUCCAGAUGACAACACCCAGCAAAGGCCACGCCCUGGAAGUACACCAUGCCUACCAUAAGUUAUACUCACUUAACCCAAGCCACAAAAGCUUGUUGCCUCGAAAUCAUACUCACCUAGAAGUUGUGAACCCAGGGCAUCCCUGUUCACUUGGAUCUGGAUUCACACAUUGAGGGCUACACCCCCAGAAGCCACACCCCCAGGUUCUCCACACUCUUGGCUGCUGUUUCAAUUGUGCAGCUUCAAAAUGACAACCCUUCUUCACUCAAGUGCUAGCUGAGUGCUGGUUGUGGGCCAGGAACCAGGUUCCCAGCUCAAAAGGUUUUAGUUGUUUUGGCUUUUCUAGACAGGGUUUCUCUAUAUGGCUUUGGAGCCCAUCCUAGAACUGGCUCUGUAGACUGACCAGGCUGGCUUCCCGAGUGUUGGGAUUAAAGGCAUGCACCACCAAUGUCCAGCUCUUGUGUUUGGUUUUUUGAGACAGGGUUUCUCUGUGUAGCUGGGACUGUCCUGGAACUCACUCUGUAGACCAGGAACUCAAAGUUCUGCCUGUUUGUGCUUCCUGAGUGCUGGGAUUAAAAGUGUGCA